UCCCCUCUCUUCACUCCGAGCGCAUCUUUCCUUGCCGUUCUUGGUCGCGUCUACUACUCCUCAGCACCCAAGAUCGAGUGGACUCCGACACAUCAAUACGUGAACAAGUAUAUCGAAGCUCGCGCUCGACGCAUAGCCACCGACCCUGAGUUUCGUGACCACACCCGGAAACGACAAUACAAGGAAAAGGCAAGAUUGGUGAUUGACUUUGAUCAACGAUAUUGGGCUCCAAAGAGGUUUCGCUGGGCUUCUGACGAGCAUUACCGCCAACGAGAAUCCUUGAGAACCUGGAUCGCACGCACGCCUUGGGUUCGCGACCUUGACUGGCCCACUCACAAACCUGUGUAUUCGGAANAGAUUCUUCGUCGCUGUCCUGAAUGUGAUUCAUACAGACAUCUCAAGUUGUGGUGGCAGGACAAGCAGACAGACGACUUUCUGUGCCAUCCAUGUUUCACCAGUGACUGGUCANGAGCCCUGCCGAUCGGUCAUGAGGACAAGGUCUUUGGUCGUAAAAGACGUUCCGACACUAAGGCCGCAAGCACGUCCAAACCCGAACCCUGA